CCGGAUACGAGGAUUUUCGCUCGAAAGCGACAAGGCGCAGCAGCAUGUGGCUCUAUGAGGCCGCCAACCAGGCCGCCAAGACGGCCAAGGAGCGCGUCGUCCAAGUCCAGGAGAAGGUCCAGGAGAAGGCCUCCAUCAUCGUCGCGCAGGUCCAAGACGAGGCGCAGACGCUCCUCAACUCGAUGAGCCUGCAGCAAGACAACCCUGUCGACGAGAUCAUCUUUGAGGAGCUGGACGACUACAAGGCCUUCCAGGAUGUAUUUGACCUUGACGACAAGACGGAGGAGGUCGCGGCGAUCCUCAAGGACGACACGUAUAUCUCGGACCUCCACACGGCGAUGGUGCCCGAGCAGCUCUCGUACAAGGAGUUCUGGACGCGGUACUACUUUCGCGAGUUUACCAAGCAGCGUGAAGAGGAAGCCCGGGUGAAGCGGGAGGAGGCCCGGCGCGCCCAGCUGCUCCAAGAGCAAGCCGCCCGCGAAGAGCGCGAGCGCGAAGCCCGCAUCGCGUACGAGGCACGCAUGGAAGAGGAGCGACUCGCGGCCGAAGCCGCCGAAGACGUUGCGAUGUGGAAGGAGCAAGUCGACCACCUCCAGCAAGUGAUCCGGUCGCUCGAGCAUAGUGAGCAAGACAAGUACAAGACGCUCUGCGACGACUACGAGUCCAAGAUGAUGCAGAUGACGCUGCACAUUGACGACGCCAAGGCGAGCGGCUACGAAGAAGGGAUCGCCGAGAGCGAGUCGAUCGUCGCCAAGAUCCGCGCCGAGGCCCAAGCCGAGCGCGACGAGCUUCGCGCCUUCUUGGAGGCAAUGGUCGACUCGUCGACAGCUGCCAUGCCCGAGGUGCCUGCGUCCUCGGUGCUCUCUCUCGAGUUGGCCCAGCAACUCUGGGCGCUGCGGCAGUCCGAAGCUUCAGCCCCGUCAGCAACCACCACCGAUGCGCAGCACGCCAAGGAGCUGGACCUCUGGAAGGCGCGCGCGAUGAAGAUGAAAAAGCUGAAGGACGAAGUCGACGCCGAGCUCGUCACGGUCAAGGCUGCCGUUGCGUCGGCCGAAGCCAGUGGCUUUGCGGCGGGCGAAGCGGCCGCGAAGGAGACGUACCUGGCGCAGAUCCAAGCUCUUGAAGCGGCGCUGGCCGCCCAACAAGAGACACUGCCCGCGCCACCCCUUGCAGCCGAGGUGCAGGACGCCGCCGAGGCCAAGGAGCCAAGUCGCGACGACUGGGGCGAGUGGGAUUGACGAUUGUCAGUGAUCCAUCACCCGUCGCUUAUAUACACUUUCACCCUGUCUACGCCUCGUCGUUCUCGUUCUCGUCGUCGUGCGCAUGGUCGGCGCGUUGGCGCAGCUUCUCGAGCGAGUCCACGGCCGGGUCCCAG